AAUGAAGAAGUAACGCCGUCUAUCUGUCUCUCUCUGUGAACUUAGUCCACAUGGACGGAGUCGCGGGCAAUAACUAGUUAUAUAUAAGCUAAGAUGAAUAUCUUCAUAUUUAUUGAUAAAUUCUUUUAAUUUAUUGCCCAUUCAUCAUUAAUCCGCUUAAAUUAAUAACACAGGAUGCUGCAAAAGUUUGAAGAUUAUCUAGGUUUAAUCAGAAUGCUGCGAUAAGACAUAAUCAUGUAACUUUUGGAAGGCUGAUAUAAAUAUGGGCAAUUAGAACAAUUAAUCAGAGGAACCGCUCAAUUAAAGUGUUGCCUACAUAUUUCGAGUGCAAAAAACUGUGAUUAAAACCUGUGAUUUAUUUGAAUUAAUUAAUAUUCCAAAAUGGUGCAAAAACCGUUUAAUUUUGAAAGCAAGAGCUUUAAAGUGUCUAUGUUCUCGUACAAUGUGUUUCUACAUGUGUUCAUGGGAAUUAUUGUGGCUAUACCUAUAGCUUACGCCUUCUCCUUUGUUAAAAAUAAUCAGGGAUUCGCCAUUUACCUUCAUAUACUUUUAUUGAUACCUGGGUUCCAACUGUUGAUGGGGCAAUCAUUCCUUGGUCUCGCCCCGUACAACUCCUGGUCUACAGAACUUACUACGGUUGAAAAGCGCCGAGCUCACUGGAUCUUGGCUUUACUUAGCACCAUAUUAGUAAUGGUCGGCAGUUUUUACGUCAUGCAAGCCAAAUCCGUUAACUUCACCUCCAUGCAUGGAAAAUUUGGUCUGGUCGCCCUUGUAUUCACAAUGGUAAACCUCUUCACUGGCGUCGCUGCUUUGUACACCACAGCAUUUAAAAAGAUAUGGAUCCCUCCCUUUCUCUCCAAGAUCACUCACCUCGUCUUCGGUUUGGCUGCCUUCGUCACAUCUGGUGUCAGUCUUUGCUACAGCUAUGAUAAGAGCACCUUCAAGAACUGGAUCGGCGCAGACGCAGCGUUCGCCUGUAUUAUUUUGACUGGAAUCUUCACUGGAUUAUUAUGUAUCAAUCCUGUCUACACGACGUACAAGAGAGUUAUUACUGCACUUAAGUAAAUGAUAUUUGUAAUUCAUUAGACAUUAAGGUUGUAUCUCUAAUGAUGAGGAUAUUAAAAAAAUGAAUAAAGGGCAAAUUGAUAAACUUUUAGAUCCAUACUGUCAGUAUUCGUUAAUGUUCAAACUUAUUUCCUAUGUACAAAAAAACAUGAAUUUGUGCUCAGUACUAUUUGGUAGUAAUAAGUAACUAGUACUAAGUUUACCUUAAGUAUUUUUCAUUUGAUUUAAGUAAAAUAAACUAUUUUUGACCUUAAACUGCUAAAGUACCUUAGUAAAUGUUUUAAGAAGGACGGAACCGUCUACAUCGCUCGUGCAAAUUCAGUACUAUCCCUAUUUAAUCGGAAUACUCCGAUAAACCGUAAUCUUUACACAUUUUAGCGGCUGAUAUAAAUAUGACAGUUCAGUAUGAGCGAUCAGAGAGUUUGAGUGCACAAUAAAAAUAACGACAACAUAUAUCGGUUACUCCAAGACUGUGAUAAAAAUCUGUGAUAUAUUUAAUUU